UAGCAUUCUAUAAAACAUGACAAUUCCAUAAAUCUUUUAAUUGCUUAUUGCAUGCUCUAACCGACAGAGAGAGAGAGAGAAUGGUUAUCGGAGUAGACAAUGGAGGAGCCAUUAAAACUCAGCUACUAGCCAACGAUGACGACGACGACGACGUCGUGGCCGGCUUCGCGGAUUUUAAAGGCCGUCGCGCCAUCCGAUCGAAAACCGGACUAUGGAAGUCCGCUUAUUUCAUCAUAGGUGUGGAAGUGGCGGAGAAAUUUGCAUAUAACGGUAUAAGUUCAAAUCUCAUCACCUAUUUGACGGGGCCAUUAGGACAGUCGACGGCGUAUGCAGCUGCGAGUGUCAAUGCGUGGACCGGCACGGCUUCACUUUUGCCGUUAUUGGGUGCUUUCGUAGCCGACUCAUUUUUAGGCCGAUUCCGUACCAUUAUUAUUUCGGUUUUGGUCUACAUUUUGAGUUUGGGCUUAUUGUCUUUGUCGGCUUCCCUCCACUCCGACUGCAAGGCCGAAGAUAAUACCUUCGAUUGCGCUCCUCCUCCGCUCGAACUCGUCGCCUUCUAUCUCUCUUUGUACCUAGCUGCAGUUGGGGAAGGGGGAAUGAGGCCCUGCAUACAGGCUUUCGGAGCUGACCAAUUCGAUGGAGACGACGUCAAUGAGUCGAAAUCGAAAAGUUCCUUCUUCAACUGGUGGUAUUUUGCAAUGUCGGCUGGCUCUUUCGUGGCCAUCUUGAUCUUGAACUACAUUCAAGAUAAUCUUAGCUGGGAGCUCGGGUUUGGGAUCCCCUGCAUCGUGAUGCUCGUCGUUCUCCUUUUAUACUUGCUCGGCUCCCCGACCUACCGGUUCCGCCUACACACACAUGCCAACAAUCCGUUCGCAAGGAUCGGUCGUGUUUUCUUGAACACGGCGAUUCCUUGCCGCGGCUGCUCUGACACAGAUGCAGAGCAACCAAGAACUAAGUUUUUGGACCGGGCCGGGUGCAGUGAAGGCGACAUUAGAGAUGCCAAGGCGCUCCUCGGCCUCCUCCCCAUCUGGUUCACGAGUCUGGGUUUUGCGGUCGUGUUCUCGCAAGGCACGACCUUGUUCACCAAACAGGGCCAGACGAUGGACCGAGAGAUCUUCAGCGGUCUCAAGAUUCCAGCCGCCUCGCUGCAGUCUUUGUCAUUUUUCACCGUAAUUUUCAUUAUGCCAGUCUAUGACUGGGUCCUGGUGCCGGCCGCUCGGUCCUUGACUGGGCGACCGGCAGGGAUAUCCAUGCUCCAACGAAUCGGGGCAGGCUUGUUCAUGUCACUGCUCUCUAUGGUGGUUGCCGCGCUUGUCGAGACAAGGCGUCUGGACGUUGCGGCCAAGUGGGGGUUGGUCGACGAGGCGGGGGCAACGCUCCCGAUGAGCGUGUGGUGGUUGGCACCCCAGUACGUGCUAUUUGGCUUGGCGAAUGUGUUUGUGCUCGUUGGGCUUCAGGAAUUCUUCUAUGACCAAGUUCCUAGUGACUUGAAAAGUAUAGGGCUUGCACUAUACCUUAGUAUUUUAGGAAUAGGUGACUUUUUGAGUAGUUUUUUAAUAGCUCUGCUCGAGUCGAUCACGACUCAAGGGGGGCAUGGUAGUUGGUUCGACAACAACAUGAAUCGAGCCCACGUGGAUUAUUUCUAUUGGUUGCUAGCUGGUAUUAGUGCUAUUGUGAUGUUAGCUUAUGCUUUCAUUGCAAAGUCCUACGUUUAUAGGGGAAGAGAUUUGGUAUGUUGUUAAUAGUGGAUGGUCGAAUUUGUAUUUUAGUCAAGAAUUCGUAUGAGUAUAUGACAUAUUAUUGUGUUUCCACUA